AUGGUUCGAGGAAGUGCACGUGUUAAAUCUGGUGGAGGGAAUAUGGCACCAGAUACUAUGAGAAUACACAAACCACUAGGGCUGAAUAUGAGUUUAUUUCAAUUUUUAAGAACUGGUUAUUUUGAAAAAGACUUGCUAACUUAUUGUGCUAAUCGUCUGGCUGAAUAUUCAUGUACAUAUUGGCUUGAUCCUACAGUGAAUGGAAAUAUUGACACAGGGGAUUUCACUACAACUUUAACGUCACCAUCAGCGUCAACAACUACUUCAUCUGUCCAGAGUGGAUUCACAAAAUAUCCAAGUCAUUUUAUCGAUCAAACAUCUAUGCAGAAUAUAACCAAUUUUAAAUCAGUGAAAUUUGUUAGUGAAACACAAACUCUCAGUGGUACAUUUCUUGGCCCGCUGAAUAUUCGUGGAUUGAUUCAGUCGCCAUCAAUUGAAGGUGAAACAUUAGCUAUCUUAGAGAAUAAUCGUGUAUCACUGAGCCAAUUAACCAACGUUUUAAUUAUUCCUUUAAUCCUCUCUGGAUCAUUGCUAAACUGUCUAUUAAUCAAUAAUAUAACACAACGUAUAUCACGACGUCAGUUACCAUGGUUACUAUAUUUAAUUUAUAUUAUUCUAUUAGACCAAUUUGAUCUAAUGUUAAGUGCAAUCGAUUUUCUUGUUGAAUCAUACCAUGAAAUACGCUUAGUUAUUGUUCUGCAAUUUUUAGGACGUUUUUAUUGUCAAAUAUUACCAAUGUUUUACAGCCUGUUAAAACAUUUACAUUCAGGUUUAUUUAUUUUAUUGACUAUUGAAACAUUGAAACUAACCUAUAAUAAUAAUAAUAACAAUGAUAAUAAUCCAUUGAAACAAUUGAACGCGGGUGAAUUAAAACAACGACAAAGAAAACAAGUUAUACAAAACACACUUAUCUUUAUUUCUGUAAUUAUAAUCACUCUUAAUUGUCAAUUUAUAUGGACAUUUGAUAUCUCUCAACUGGAAAUGCUAAUAUUACAUGGAAGAAUUGUACAUAAUCUUUAUAAAUGUGAUUUCGCGAUGACAUCGGUGCUAAGUCCAACAUUUUUAUAUUAUAUAUGGCCAUUAUUUGAUCAUAUAUGCGGUGAUAUAUUACCGUGUUUAAUAUGUCUGUCAAGUGGACUUGUUGGUUAUAUACUAUAUCGUUGUAAAGUAAAACGAUUAGUGAAACGUAUAGAAAAUUAUAUACACGAAGACGAGGAUCAGAAGGUUUACUCUGUAGAAACUGACGUCAAAAGAUGCAAACAUCAUGGGGAGGAAGAGGAGGAUGAGGAAGGACAGGAGCUGCCACAGUCACUUUCAUCUCAUCUACAGGAGGAGAUGACGAAUCACAGUGAUGUAUCACAAUUAUUCAAUGUUCAAUGGAGUCUGCAAAUUAUUCGUGUUUUUAUUUUAUUUUGUUUUAUUCAUGGAGUAUUUUUAUUACCAAGAUGUUUAUAUUAUUUGACGAAAUAUUUUCUGUUUAUAAGUCGGGAAACCUACCGUAGUUAUCCACCACCUGUAAAUGGACCAGAUGAUAUGGAAAAUCAUGCAGAAGAAGAAGAUUUGUUCAAUAAAAUUUCACAAAUUAUAGAAUCGCUUAAACCAUAUGAAGUUUAUUUGGAAAGUUAUGAAACUGCACUACGUUAUUCCAAUUUCUUUGAAGUACACAUCAGAGCCAUCAUUCUAUUAUUUGGUAUAGAAGAAUUCAGAACUAGCCUCUAUGCAUACUUCAACGCAUUUAUUCAAUAUAUUAAACGCUUCUUAUGUUAUAUGCACAAAAAGAUGUAUCAUUGCUGUAGAAAACAAACACAUCGUCGUAAAUGCGAUAAAUCAUUUGUUGAACACAAUGGAUCCCAGAUGAUUCAUGAAGACUCCAUCGAAAUGAUGCCUGAUGUAAACAAAGUAUCACAGUAUCAUUGCAGUGACCUAAGCAACAGUAAUAAUAAUAAUAAUGUACAGUCAAAUCUUGAUCUUCCGAUGACUACUUAUGUGUUAAAUAAUCAGGCUACUCAUUUACAAAACAGUAGUAUACGUAAUGUUAGUACAAAAAAUAUUGAAAUGAACACAUCCACUCAAACUAUCACAUCGAAUAUACGUAUUUUAAAUAUUAACUCAAAAUGGAAUUGGAAUAAAAAUUCAUUAAAACAAGAGAUAUUGAAUGUUGAACGCAAUCAGUUCAAUACUAAUUCUAACAAUGAACAGACACCGAGAAACUAUAAAAUUAUCUAUUUAUGAAAUUCAUGACUCAAAGGAAGACUCCAAAAGAAAGAUAUUUAUUUGACUUUGAAUAAUUUGAAGUAAAAAAAAUGUUAAAUUGAAUGUCUUUAUCUUUAAAU